AUGUUGGGAUUGGCUCUUGGAUGGACACCACCUCCACCCAAAUGGAAGAAAUUAAAUUUCGAUGGGGCCAGUAGAGGGAACCCAGGAGUACCAGGGUAUGGUGUGGUUAUCAAAGACGAGGAAGGGUGUUUAGUCAAGGCUAUCUGUGGCCCUGUGGGCGUAGCGACAAAUAAUAUAGCGGAAAUCACAACGCUAGAGGAAGGGCUAAAAUUGAGUUGCUCCCUUGGAUGUACGAAAGUUAUGAUUGAGGGUGAUUCCCAAAUAAUAUUGAAUGGGAUCAUUAAAAAUGGCUUCAUAAACUGGAGAUUAGAUGGGUGGAUACCGAGGAUUAAACUCUUGACUAAUAAAUUGCAAGAUUUUCAAGUUAGGCACAUUUAUCAGGAGGGCAAUAAAGUGGCAGAUUAUCUUGCAAACACAGGAAUAUCUAAGGCUAGGACUAUAGUCAUAUCUCCGACAGAGAAUGAGCUUACAGAGCUGCAAAAGAUGUUGCACAACGACAGUGUGCAAAUCCCAAGGAAGGGAAUCAGAUGA